UUUAGCCUACCUCCGACGUGAACAAGCUGAUUAUUCAAAGACUUAAAUUGAGAACCUCUCUAGCUGCGACCAUUCCAAGCGAACCUUUGCUCCAAUCAAGUGUCUCUAACGCCGAGAUCUGUGCACGCACCCAGACAAAUAGCUGCCGAAACAACCGACAAAAGGUUCAAAGAAGCAAGCAAGAAAGUAAAAUGGGUCUCAGUUUUAUUUAUUCAUCUCUGAUGGUCGGCGCGGCGGCAUUAUGCUUAGUGAACACUGUGGCGGGAUACCCAAUGUUGGAUGCAAAGGACAAGGAAUAUUCUGCGGAUUCAGACUCGGGCCUUUCUGACAAAGAAUCGUCAGAUCAACUUGUCGCGAAACGAAUAUUUGAUCCCAUCGAGGCUGCAAGUAACUUUGGCAGUUUCGGAAAACGAUACAACCCGUACCGUGUAUUGGGUUACAAAGGGCAAAUGGACGCUCAGAAGGCCAUAGAUGGUGGCAACAUCGCGGACCUUCUCAAACAGGUGUUGGCUGUGGCAAGGGUUCGCCAAGGCCAAUAUAAACGCGUUCCAGAGGCACAGAAGAGGCAGUUUGACCCCAUAGGUUAUGGCAUGUUUGCCCGGUUUGGUUAGAUAUCAUGGACUUUCUUUGAAAUAGACUGUGCAGGAGAUACAAUGGAAUGAAAAAAAUGAAAAAUUCAUUUUGUACCACUUUCUGUAGAUAUCACCUUUUCCUGCCAAAGGUUUUACUGAUGGCAAUAUGCAAAAUUCAACAAAACACUGUGCAUGAACUGUCAAUACAAGCAUCCAUUCAAAUGUCGAUAUUUGAUCACAUAAGGACUCCGUAUAUUUCAUUUUGUAGUUAGGAAAAUAAUAAUGCAUAAGCACAACAUUUGUUUGUACAAGUAUUUCGUGUAACAAAAGGGGUUAAUGUGUGAUCAAUUUCGCUUAGUGAAACCUUCAUCUACUCAGCUGAAUGCACUUAUUGUAGACUUUUAACCAUUCUCAAAGUUUUAAACAGUCGGAACUGAUCUUCGAAAACUGUACAUUCACUCAUAUUGUUGUGAACAAUAAAGCACUAUUUUAGUAAGGUU